UGGGAAGUAUUUGAGAUUUAGUGUUUGAACCUUCCGCAUCUCAUUCAAAACACAGUACUUGUCUUACAGAUUGUGUUGAGCAGGAGGCUUUGCUGUGUUGUCCUGUUGUUCUGAGAAAAGAGCACAAUGGUGAUUGCAGGUCACGCCGCCUCUCUCGCACUGCUGAUAUCAUUUGCUUUUGGUGUUGCCGAUGCCAUUCGAACUUUAAAAGAUGGACCCAUGAUUGAUGCUGAAGGAAGGGAAUAUAAAUCUGCCACAUUCAGAACUGAUGCAGAAAACAUCAGCGGACCACAAUUCAAUCACAGAUCCACUGUCCAUGUACAAUGCAAUGAAGCGUCCAUGGUCAUUGUGGUAAAGGCUGACCUGUAUAAAAAUGGACGCCUUGUGUCUCCUGGAGACAUUUUUUUGGGAGGAGCCGACCAUUCACAGAGCAGUCAGUGCCGAGCUACUGCUGCUAGUGACUCUGAAUAUAUCAUUGAAGCUCCAUUGCAAGACUGUGGCUCCAAAUUAGUUAUAUCUAAGGACUCUGUGAUCUACACAAACAAGCUGAUAAUCUCACCAGCUGGCAGUUACCCUGGCAUUACAAGAAUGAAUCAUGCUGUCCCCGUUUCCUGUCACUAUAAAAGGACAAACAUUGUGAGCAGUAACUUUCAGCAGCUUCCCCUGAUCUCCACUCCUGCAAAGUAUUCAACAGCUGCCUUCUCUCUAAAGCUGAUGACCGAUCAUUGGACGAGUGAGACGUUCUCCAGGGUCUUCUACAUUGGAGACCUCCUGCACCUCGAGGCAUCUUACACUGGUCCUGAUUCAGGACAAAGACGACUCUUCAUCGACAGCUGUGUUGCCACUCUGUCACCUGACGCAACAUCAAACCCCAGAUACUAUUUCAUUGAAAACCAUGGGUGCCUCGUUGAUGCGAAAGAGGAAGAAUCAAACGCACUGUUCCAACCCAGAAAGAGGGCUUCUUCUCUUCAACUGCAGCUCGAUGCCUUCCUGUUUCACCAGGAUUCAAGGAACGCAAUAUUUAUCACUUGCCAUUUGAAAGCAACCUCUGAAAUGUGGAAGAGCAGCUCCAUCAACAAGGCCUGCAACUAUGUACAUUCAAGAUGGAUAAAUGUGGAUGGGAGUGAUGUGUGUCGAUGUUGUGACAGUACCUGUUCUCCCAACGAUAAUACAAAUCGGAGACGACCGAUCCCAAAAGACAUGGCUUGUGGAACUGCAACGAUUGGCCCUUUGAUGGUUUUCCCCAGCAAGUAGGCAAGGGACAAAAUUCCAGACAAUAAACAUUAUUUGUAUUGUGUUCUUUUAAUUUUCUUGGCAUGGUGGCAUUAAAAUAUUAAAUAAUCUGAGUAAAGAGUCAGUUUAAAUAGG